UGAGAGUUUACACGUCAACGUCAGGCACAACUGGUAACCUAAAAAAAAAAGUUUUUGACACAAAAUGUCAACACAUCGACGAAAUUCAUUGAAACGUACGUGGAGUUUGUGGUCGUGUAAUACGUAUUGAUUGAACCGGGUGAAUGGUUUUUUUUUUCUUUUCUAUUGAUACUCAUUUCCCAAGCACUAUGUCGUCAUUUAGCAAUAAAAAUAAAAAGAAAACGCCACAAUCGUCGAAUAAUAAUAAAUCGAAUGCAUCGUCGAAUGCAUGGCAUACCAAAGAAAACAAACCGCAAAUUUCACUGACAAGAGAAUCCAAGAAUACGGCAAACAAGCAAAAUGUUGCCAAAGCAAAAUUCAAAGCGGCUCAACAGGAACAUUUGCAAGCAGCUAAAAAGCAUAUCCAAAAUUACGAGUCGAGUUCCGAUGAAGAGGAUCUGGAAAGUGAUGCACUACUCGAAUCGGUGUUCAAAGGAUACGAUGGUGAUCGAAGUCAAUUGCGAAAGACACAAGAAUUUCUUGAGCAUGUUUUUCAAUCGGGAGCGGCGACCUGCUUGAUUUGCAUCGCAACAGUUAAACGAACGGAUUAUAUAUGGUCAUGUGACAAUUGCUACAGUUUCUUCCAUUUGAAUUGUCUACAACGAUGGGCUAAAGACAGCAUAUCACAACAGAAAAUGCAUCAGGAAAAUGAUGUCGCUGGCUAUUACAAUAACCAAGGCGAGUAUAUUCAAAAGCAAAUCAAAGCCAUCAAAUGGUGUUGUCCAAAAUGUCGUGCCGAUUAUCCACCGACUGAAAUUCCACAAAACUACGUUUGCUUCUGUAAAAAAGAAUUGAAUCCGGUGAAUCAUCUGUGGCUGGUGCCACAUUCAUGUGGCGAAGUGUGUGGAAGCCCACUGAAAUCGGCAUGUUCACAUCGAUGUAUGCUACUUUGUCAUCCGGGACCGUGUCCACCGUGCUCGCAGAUCAUAAGCACAUCGUGUGAAUGUAAGAAAUCCAAUUUACGGACGAUUCGAUGCUCGCAAAAUUCAUGGAAAUGCGGAAAUAAGUGCUCAAAAAUUCUCGUUUGUGGCAUACAUAAGUGCGAUCAAAUAUGUCACGAAGUGUGUCCACCGUGCACAAAGAAAAGUUCACAAAAGUGUAUAUGCGGCAAUAAAACGCAGGAACGCGAUUGCACCAGUCUGAUUUGGUCGUGUGAGAAAACAUGCAACAAAUCGUUUGAUUGCGGCCGACAUCGGUGCAAAGUGAAAUGUCACAGCGGCGAUUGUGGUGAAUGCCCGAAUGGCUUGCUCAGAUCUUGUCCCUGUGGAAAAGAGACAACCCAAGCACCGUGUAGCAUAGAAAUUGAACCUUGUGGCAAUACCUGCCAGAAGACGCUAAAGUGUGGUAAUCAUAUAUGUGCUGAACGAUGCCAUCGCGGCGAAUGUGGCCAAUGUUUGGAAAUCAUUGAAAAGAAGUGUCGUUGUGGCCUCUAUUCAAAGGAGGUACCCUGCAGCAAAGUCAAUUUGUGCGAAGCAAAAUGCAAACGCAUGCGUGACUGCAAUAAACAUGCAUGCAAUCGGAAAUGUUGUGAUGGGGAUUGUCCGCCAUGUGAUAAAAUAUGCGGCAAAGUAUUAUCUUGUGGAAAGCACAAGUGUACAUCGGUUUGUCAUAACGGCCAAUGCUAUCCGUGUGGCUUGACAGCAACUGUUAAAUGCCGAUGCGGAAAUACGACGAUCGAAGUUCCAUGCGGUCGCGAGAAGAAAACCAAACCACCAAAAUGCAAUUUACCAUGUAAAAUUCCAUCGAAAUGUCAUCAUUUCAACGCACACAAUUGCCACAUGAACGAAUGCCCUCCGUGUACUGAACAGUGUCUGUUGACAAAUGAUGUAACCAAUUGUGAGCAUCCAUGUCGGGCCAAAUGCCAUGAUGCAGUUAAAGUUCAGAUUAUCGAUAAGAAUUUUAAACCAGCUGGCCCUUGGGAUAUUCAACCGGAAAAGUAUGAGAUUCGAAAAUUGCCGCAUCCAAAGUGUGAAGUCAAAGUACCGGUUGAAUGUAUCGGUGGUCAUGAAUUGGCAUUAUGGCCUUGCUGGAAUUCGAAGCCAGCAUCAUGCGGCCGCAUUUGUGGUCGAGCAUUGAAAUGUGGCAAUCAUGUGUGCGAACAAAUGUGCCACGCGGUGGACGAUAAAUCGUCAACCAAGCAAGAAAAGUCUUGCGCUGAAUGUUUGGAAGGCUGUAAAAUACCGAAACCACCAGGAUGUGUUCAUGCAUGCGAGAAAAGGUGUCAUCCAAAGCCGUGCAACCAAUGUAAUAUAGUCACAAAAACCGCCUGUCAUUGUGGACUGAAUCAAGUAUACUACAAAUGCCACGAAUUCUAUGGCGAAAAUCAAGAUGAUGACGAGAUCAAGGAAAAUCGCGAGAAGCGACUGAGCUGUGGAAAUCGAUGCAUCAAAAAUUUCUCAUGCGGACAUCGUUGUACGAAUGUGUGCCAUUCGGGCCGUUGUCAAAACGAAGAAUCAUGCCGAAAGAAGCUCAAAGUGUAUUGUGAUUGCAAAAAUCGAAAAAUCGAAACCACUUGCGACAAAAUCCGUUCUGGUUUCGCAUUGAGCUGCGAUGAAACCUGCACAAGUCGACAGGAAGAAUUGAAACGAGCUGCAGAGCAGCAAGAGCGCUCUCGUCGUGAGCAGGAAGAAGAGAAGAAUCGUUUGGAGCUCGAAGAGUUUGAGAAGAAAUUCGGCAAAAAGAAGUACAAGGAGAGAAAAACACAAGUCAUCGAAGAUAAAAACAAUUCAUAUCUUUUCAAAUGGGCUGGACUUGCCAUUGCCGUAGCAGUUCUUGCAGGAUUUAUUUACUUCCUCAUUUCGCAAUAGAAUUAUACGUACACAUAAUAAUUAGAAAAAGUAAUAUUUAUAAAGCAGCGAAAAUGUUUACACAAAAGAUUGCAACGUUUUAAUUGUUUUUUUUAGAAAGUUUCGUAUUUUUCCAUAAUUUUUCGGUAUUUUCAUCGUAAUCGAAAUGGAACGAAGUAAACACCAUAUACGCAAUAAAUGUAAUUAAAGACAAUACUGUUAAAUAUUCAGCGCGGUUCCUGAAAUUGUGGUAAAUGUAUUGUGAGUGAGAGAUGAUUUAAAUGAAAAACAUUUAUUGAAUUUCUUACUCGAAUGGUGUUCCGCAUACGGUAUACCAAAUACUUCCAUCGGAUGGGACCGUUGCGUUGGGUAAACAAUGGAAAUCAUAGUAUUUCUCAUCAUAGUUAUCCAAGCACAGAUACUUUUGCCGGUGCAAAGUCUGAUAAAUAUGCACAAUACGUAGAAAACAAUGAAAAUUGUGAUAUUGAUAUUGACAUGAAAUAAAAUCAAAGAAAAAAAGAAAGAAAA